AAUACUAAUCAGAUACGAAAACCUCACCCAAAAAAAUCAAGAUUCUUCUCACAUAAUCAAAUUCUUGUUUAGCUUCUUUAAGAUCAUGAAGAAAGAAGACGUUCAGCUGACAACAGCGAAGCGAGCAUACAGGAACGCAUCAGAGGAAGGGAAUCGACAGGAAGAGGCACGAUGGGCAAACGUAAUUGGAGAUAUAUUGAAGAACAGAGGAGAAUACGUUGAGGCUUUGAGAUGGUUUCGACUCGAUUAUGAGGUUUCAAUUAAGUAUUUACCUGAGAAACAGUUGCUUCCCACUUGUCAAUCCCUUGGUGAAGUUUAUCUUCGUCUUGAGCAUUUCAAAGAUGCUCUCAUUUAUCAGAAAAAGCAUUUGGAGCUUGCAAGGGAUACAAAUGAUAUGGUUGAGCAGCAAAGAGCAAGCACCCAACUUGGUCGGACAUACCAUGAAAUGUUUUUAAAAUCUGAUAAUGAUCAAACCUCCCUUCGGAACGCCAAGAAAUAUUUUAUUUCUGCCAUGAAGCUUGCUCAAACUCUUAAGGAAAACCCACAAUCUAACAAGUAUACUUUUCUAAAGGAAUACAUUGAUUCCCACAAUAACAUAGGAAUGGUUGAAAUGGAUCUUGAUAACUUGGAAGAAGCUGAAAACGUUCUCACCAAGGGAUUACAAAUUUGUGAUGAAGAAGAGGUGGUUGAGAAUGAUGAUGGACGCACUAGGCUCCAUCACAACCUUGGUAAUGUUUACAUGGAACUGAGGAGAUGGGAUAAAGCUCGAAAGCACAUUGAGAAGGACAUUGUGAUUUGUAAAAAUAUUGGCCAUUGCCAGGGAGAAGCAAAGGGAUACAUCAACCUUGGUGAACUACAUUACAGGGUACAGAAAUAUGAAGAGGCCACUCUUUGUUAUCAAAAGGCAAUGAAUUUGGCAAAAUCUAUGGACGAUGAGCAUGCUUUGGCUAAUCAAAUCGACCAGAACAUAGAAGUUGUAAAAGAAGCAAUUAAGGUAAUGGAGGACUUAAAGAAAGAAGAGCAGAAUCUGAAGAAGUUGACAAGAAACAUAGUAAUGGCUAGAGGCACUUCAACUGAAAGGAAGUGCUUGCUACAGCAGAAUGCAUCUCUUGAUCGCCUUAUUGAGAAAUCAAGCAUCAUUUUUGCAUGGAAGAAGCAUUGUGAGUUUGCCAAAAAGAAGAAAAAAGUAGCAAGUGAACUUUGUGACAAAGAAAAGCUGGGUGAUUCAUAUUUAGUUAUUGGCGAGUCUUACCAAAAGCUUCGGAACUUCAACAAAGCCCAAAAAUGGUACUCUAGAAGUUGGGAGACAUACAAGUCAAUUGGCAACAUGGAGGGGCAAGCGUUAGCAAAGAUCAAUCUUGGAGAUGUUUUGGAUUCAGUUGGUAAAUGGGCAAAUGCUUUGGAUGCGUUUAGUGAAGGCUACAGCAUUGCUCGUCAAGCUAACCUUCUUUCUGUCCAGCUGUAUGCACUGGAGAAUAUGCAUUAUAGUUACAUGAUCAGAUUUGAUAAUGUUGAAGAGGCCAGGAGGUUACAGUCACAAAUAGACAAAUUGAAGCAGUCAAACAGUGAUAAUGAACCUCUAAAUGUCCCAAGAGACUGCUGUUCUGAGACUGAUACAGAGGGAGAUGAUAUAUCAUUGAUAAAGUCUGAUAUGAACUAUUCACCAAGAUUGAGUGAUCCGAAAUCAUAUGGAAUCGAGGAGUUAGCAGAUGACUCGGUUCCUUUGGUAUCACUUCUUCGUUCAAAUGGCUAUCAAUCCAAAUCAAAAGGUUCUCAAUUAACAAAUCAUUGUACUUCUACCAAGUCACUGGAAACCUCACCCAAAAGCAUGUCUAGGUCUACAUGUAGUCAGACAGCUAGUCGGAAACGGUGCCGCCUAGUCCUUUCUGAUGAUGAAGAUGAAAAUAAGGAAGUAUGGUGUCCACGAGGACAAGUUCAUGAAUCCCCUGAAGAACAUGUCGCCACUUCUAAUGAAUUCAAGGGUAGAUGUGAUCUAACUAGUCAUGUUCAUGAUUAUCAGGAUAUCUCACCAGUUGCCUCUAAAUGUGCAAUUAGUGCUUCUACUCCUGUACAUCUGGAAGAAAGCACUUCUUCCCAUAAGGGCAGGAGUUCAAAACUAGCCUCAUCAACUGCAGAAGAUUUCAGAUGCUCAAGAGAUAAUGAAGCGGUUUAUGCUUCCCAUUUUGGUGUGCAUGGUCUCAAGUGUGAUGAUGGUGUUUCUGAAAAUACCUGUAAAACAAAUGGUCAGACUGUCCCCAUUUUUGGUGCUUGCGAUGAUGAAUAUUGUAAACAUAUGAUAUUCAAAGUUGAAGAUGACUUUGUGCACAUAGAACCACGCUCAUGUAAAUUUGGGGAUAAACUUUGCAUGGAACAAAUAAAAGUUGAAGUAGCAUGCUUAUACUUCUUAAAACUCAUUAAGGAGAAUAGAUCUAGAGGCCUCUUGCCAAUCAUUCAACAUCUGAAGUGUGGAGGAGAAAUUUUAGAAACCUUGGAUGUAUUGGAUACCCCAAAGGAUUACAUGUGUGGGAAAUGCUGGGUUGAAGUAUCUAUUGAUCGCUGGGUACCUAAGCGCUUGGUAAAACUCUACGUUGAUUGUUGUAACGAUCUUUCUGAACCUCCCAACGUGAAAUUGCUUACGAAGCUGUAUAAUUUAGAGGUAUCAGAGGAUGAGAUUGUUGUUUCUGACUGUGAACUGCAAGAUAUCUCAGCAGCACCAUUACUAAAUGCCUUACAUUUGCACAAGACAGUUGCUACACUAAACCUUUCACACAAUUUGUUAGGAAAUGAAACAAUGGAGAAACUAAAACAGGUAUUUAUGUCAUCAAGCCAAAAGUAUGGUGGUUUGGUUUUGGAUUUGCACUGCAAUCGCUUUGGUCCAACUUCCCUAUUCCAGAUUUGUGAAUGCCCUGUGCUUUUGUCCCGCUUGGAAGUACUUAAUAUCUCCGGGAAUCGUUUGACUGAUGGAUGUGCUUCUUACCUUUCUACAAUCUUGCAGAAUUGCAAAGCUCUUUACAGCUUAAAUAUAGAGUGCUGCUCUAUCACAUCUCGAACAAUUCAAAAAGUUACUGACUCGCUCGAUUCUGAAUCGCUUCUUUCAGAACUUUUCAUAGGAUACAAUAGCUCCAUAUCUGGAAAUGCCAUAGUAAAUUUGCUGGACAAACUUGCCACUUUGAAGAGCUUCUCUCAAUUAAGUUUAAAUGGCAUAAAGCUUAACAAGAAUGCAGUUGAUAGCCUUUGUAAGCUCAUUAGAACAUCAUGCUUGUCCGAAUUGAUGAUUGGAGAUACAAGUAUCGGAACUGAGAGGGCUACGCAGUUGAUGGAUUCAUGGAACAGUGAGGAUCGAGAACUAGUCAAGCUUGAUUUAUCGUCUUGUUUGCUGACAUCAAACUAUAUCAUGAAACUAAAUAUCGAUGCUUCUUUGAUCGGUGGUAUUCUCGAGUUGAAUCUUGGAGGGAAUCCACUCACGCAAGAGGGUGGCAUUGCUUUGGCAUCACUACUCAAAAAUCCCCAUUGCUGUUUAAAAGUAGUUGUUUUGAACAAGUGCCAACUGGGGCUUGUUGGUGUACUUGGCAUUCUUCAGUCUUUAUCCGACUACACAACUAUAGAGGAGCUCAACUUGUCAGAAAAUGCUCUUCAUGACGAGUACCAUACUUUAAACGAUCCCAAUUCCUUGGUCAAAGGAAACGAUCACGUGGUCAACCAAGAUGGUCAACAGGAGGCAUUUGGUAUGAAAGCAGAUUGCAUUGAGCUUGAAGUUGCUGCUGAUAGUGAAGAUGACGAGGUAACCAAAGAAAAGUCUUGUGUAUCUGGGAGUUGCAUGACUUCAUUUGAUCUUGAUCAUUCUGAGUCAAAUGCAACAACUUUUAUUGGAAAGCUUUCUUAUGCCAUUUUGAUGGCGAAACGGCUUGUGCUGCUUGAUCUUAGCAACAAUGGAUUGUGUGGAGAAGCAGUGUAUGGUGCGUGGUCGAAGAGGAGUACUUCAUCAGGUGGGUUGACAGAAAGGCAUAUUGAGGGAAGCAUAAUCCAUUUAGCAGUUGAGCCAAGGCAAUGUUGCAAUAUCAAACCAUGUUGCAGAAGGUUUUGAUUUUAUGGUGAUGGCUUUUGGAGCCUGUAUGUUUAUUAUAGAGUGGUUUUGGAGAAUUUGGCAU